UCACUCUCGCUAAUUUCACUUACUUUUCUAAUAAGACUAACAAAUAAUGUUAGGAAAUUAUCUCUUUUCCUAUUUUCAUGUGACAAAAGUUGUGUUAAUUAGGUAUCUGCUUUAGAGACGAAACGGAUGUUGCUCCACCUCCUCUUCCUCCUCCUUCUUUCUCUUUGCGGUUGUGUUUCCUUUGUCACUCUGUCUGACGCAGCCUUGCCUCCUGUGUGCCAGACGUGGACUGGGACGUUGGCAGCCUCGGUAUCGUGUGCUGCGGCGGUAGCGGUCGUGUGGAGCAGCGGAACAUGUUUACAUACAGUCUGUUGUAUUCAUGGAUCCACCUGUGCGUCAGUCUGGACCUGGAGGGAUGGAGCUACACAGUGGCCAUUGACUCACACGUGCACCACGGCAAUAUUUCCAACUUGCUAGGGAGAGAACUGCUGGUGCGUGGUGGCGGUAUUUUGAUAGUGGGGCAGGAGCAGGAUCUGCACGGUGGCGGCUUCAACAUUGGACAGACAUACGAGGGGUAUGUGGCUGACCUGAUCAUAUUCCCGAACGUACAGAGGAUCCAGCGAGUCAAGGAGUUCUUGUCGUGCACAUUGAAGAGAAGGGAGACAACUGUGGUAACUUUCUCCUCGAUGGAAAAUGACUGGGAGUUACUGGGAGACUUGGAGAUGAUUUCCUUCACUCCAGAACAGCUAUGCGGGAAGCCGCCGCCCUCGCACAUCAUGUUUCCUGAGCACCGUACCUUGAAGGAGUCUCAGGACCAGUGUCACAUGCUAAAGGGAUGGCUGAGUGCCCCGCAGAGCGAAAGCGAGAAUAUAGCCAUUGUGAAGGCCACACAAGACCGCAUGGACGUGUGUACCAUCAGCUGGGGCGUGUACCUGUGGCUUGGGGUAAAGACAGUCUUUUCCAACAAUUCCUGGUCCUACAUCAGCUUGGACACCAACAAGUCUAUGGAGUACACCAACUUCCGUAAAGGCUACUCCACGGCUGUCGAGUCCUACAACUGUACCUACAUGGACGCCUUCGACACUGGCAAGUGGGCUGUGUACCCGUGCACACUCAAGACUUGCUCUGUGUGCUCUUUCGACAAACCCUCAACCCUCAGGCUGCGCGGUCUCUGCGAGAAUACAUUACUGGACCGAAUAUACAUAAUUAAGGGCGUGAGAAACGGGAAACCUUUCUUCAGCGGCAUCGGAAACACGGAGAUCUUCUGGGACAACACAACCUGGAUGUUGACGGAUGUCCUGGAUCAAGGCGUCAGCGGUGUCAUGAAGAGCUCCAGUUUACAGCAGUACCCGGUGGGCCUCCGCACUUGGAACAUUAUAGGAGACAAGUGCCCCUUAAGAAAUCCAGAGCUGCUAAUGACUGCAUGCAGUGAGAAGCAGUACACGUGUCACGACGGCACGUGUAUUAAUAAGAUUCAACGCUGCGACCGGGAGGUGAACUGCCCGGACCAGAGUGACGAACGCCUGUGUACCACCGUGGUAGUGCCUGAGGACUACAUCAGGGAGGUUCCCCCGGCGAAGAGAGGGACAGAUCCGGCAUGGGUUAACUUCCACAUCAUUAUCCUGUCAAUGCAGCCUCUUGACACGAACAACAUGAAAAUCACCAUUGAUAUCAGACUUAUACUCCGUUGGUGGGAUCCUCGACUUGAUAUGGAGAGCUUAAACUAUGCUGACUCUCUUAACUUCAUUCACGAGGACGACAUCUGGAGGCCCGAUUUGCUCUUCCAAGACGUGGUGGGUACCGAGGCCGUGACCGUACUCCAGUGGGAAACUUUCGUGGCAGUGAUGGAGUCUAAGCCAUUGCCUGACGACAUCACGAGGGUCAGAGAGGAUGAAGUGUACCCCGGGGAGACAAACUCCCUCAAACUGGAGCAGAACUAUCAAGUGAAAUUCACGUGUGACAUGCGCCUGCAGUUGUACCCGUUCGACACUCAAACCUGUACAUUUAUCAUUAGACUGAAGUCUUACACGCGAUACCUGGUUGCUCUGCGGAGCUUUGAGACCAUAGUGGAGUACCGAGGCGCAAGGAAUUUGCGGGAAUAUAAGAUACGUGAAGUGGAGCUUGUAGGCCACGACUGGUAUAACUACAGUGGGCAAGAGAUCCGUUUCAACCUGGAUAACUUGUCAGGGUUUUAUGUAAGUAGUACCUAUAUCCCAACCUUCCUCAUGGUGCUCAUUUGCUACUCCACCUUCUUCUACGAGCUGGAUGACUUCAACGACCGCAUCAUGGUGUCUCUGACUGCGCUGCUGGUGUUGGCCACACUCUUCACGCAGAUCACGGAGACAACGCCCACCACUUCUUACCUCAAGCUACUGGAUGUGUGGUUCGUGGCUUGCAUCCUCGUCGACUUCUUCAUCGUCGUCAUCCUUGUGGUGAUCAAUGCGCAGAGGAUGAGGGAAAAUGACACAGCGAGCAACGUCAGUGUUGUCAUGCCCUUCGGUGCCAAGAAGCCUAGUAACCACCCAGCCCCUCCUGGCUUCUUCCCGCAGCCUCACCAACUCGUGAAAAGCGUCAAGAUAAACACCUUCGCGCAGAUCAGCGUUCCCAUCAUCCUGUUCGUCCUUGUCAUGGCCUAUGUGGGUCUCUCGUAUAGGUCUCCCAUGUAGAUGUAAUGCUAUUUCGAUGUUCGUUCAUUUUAUUGUCAUCGUAGUAAGUAAGCACGUGUGUCUAUAUCUUCAUGCACGCCUUCUUGAAAUUCGUGAGCUGAGAGAGAGAGAGAGAGAGAGAGAGAGAGAGAGAGAGAGAGAGAGAGA